ACUUCACCGAUCACUAAUUAACUUAGGAUGUAGGAUGAAAUCCUACCGAGAUUAUUAUGGUCAUAUUUCUCUUUAGUAAAUGCUAAGUAAAACACAAUUCCAAAAAAAAAAAAAAAAUCCUAAUCUUAUUGUAAAUUUAGUUACAUACUCUAUAAUAGCCUAAUAGGCAAAGUCAUUUACUUCGAAUUUCAUUUACAUUACCGUCUUUUUCACGUUCCAUAAACGGAGAUUAUUCUUCCUUUCCCUCCUAAAAAUGACAAUUUUGCCCUUGAAAGGAGAAAUAUCACCCCUUCCACUCCAUCCACAUCCAGUGGGACCCCAAUUCCAGAAAAUACAAAACAAAAACAGAAAACAAAUGACAGUCAAAUGCUCUUUCAUUCCUUUCAAAGCAAAGACCAUUCAACUCUAAAACUUCUUUCUUUACUACCAUUCAAAAUUUCCAGCUAAUAAUACUCCACCAUGCCCAAAAGUUGACCUCAACCCUAAAACCUAAACCCCCCAUUUCAUCUUCUUCUUCAUUUCAAUCUACUGUAUAUGUAUUUUUUUCUGUUUAAUUAUUCUGGGUAAUUUUCAGUGAUGAAGAAGAAGCAAAAUUCAGAUCUACCCACUUUCCAAUUCAUCAUUUUCUCUCUCCUAACUCUCUCUGUUGCAGCUGAAGAUGAUGUAAAGUGUCUGCAAGGUGUAAAAAACAAUUUGAAGGACCCACAAAGUAAGCUUAAUUCAUGGAAUUUCAAAAAUUCUUCUGCUGAAGUUGCUUUUGUCUGCAAAUUUGUGGGUGCUUCUUGUUGGAAUGACAAAGAAAAUCGAUUAAUUAGUCUUCAACUUAGAGAUUUUCAACUUUCUGGGGAAAUCCCAGAAUCUCUUGAGUUUUGCACUAGCAUUCAAAACCUUGAUCUUUCUGGUAAUUCUCUUACUGGUACUAUCCCUUCUAAGAUCUGUUCAUGGCUUCCUUAUUUGGUAACUUUGGAUUUGUCUAGUAAUAAAUUAUCUGGUCAAAUUCCAUCUGAUCUUGGUAAAUGUCAGUAUUUGAAUAAAUUGAUUUUGUCUGAUAAUCAGUUAUCUGGAAGUAUUCCUGUGCAAUUGUCUAGUUUGAAUCGAUUGAAUGACUUUUCUGUUGCUGGGAAUGGAUUAUCUGGGCCAAUUCCGGAGUCUUUUGCUCAUUUUGCCAAGUCAGGGUUUGAAGGGAAUGAUGGGUUAUGUGGGGAUCCAAUUGGGUCGAGUUGUAAUGGAUUAAGUAGGAAGAAUUUGGCGAUUAUUAUAGCUGCUGGUGUUUUCGGGGCGGCUGCGUCGUUGUUAGUAGGGUUUGGGGUGUGGUGGUGGUAUUUUUCGAGGGCGAGCCGGAGGAGGAAGGAAGGGUAUGGGCUAGGGAGAGGUGAUGAUGGUACUUGGAUUGAUAGGUUGAGGGCUCAUAAGCUUACUCAGGUUUCCUUGUUUCAAAAACCGCUUGUGAAAGUUAAUCUAUCGGAUUUGCUGGCUGCUACUGAUAAUUUUAGCGUAGAGACUAUUAUGAUCUCGACUAGGAUGGGAACUACAUACAAGGCUAUGUUGGCGGAUGGUUCUACUUUGGCAAUCAAACGACUUAAUACGUGUAAGCUGAGUGAGAAGCUAUUUAAGACGGAGAUGAAUAGGUUGGGAAAGCUUAGGCAUCCAAAUUUAGUGCCAUUGUUGGGUUAUUGCCUUGUGGAAGCUGAGAAGCUUUUGGUAUAUAAGUACUUGUCUAAUGGGACUUUGUAUUCAGUGCUACAUGGAAAAACGAUAGAAUUGGAUUGGCCGAUGAGGUUUAGAAUAUGUUUAGGUGCUGCCAGAGGGCUUGCUUGGCUCCAUCAUGGAGUGGAGCCUCCGCAUUUGCACCAAAACAUAAGUUCAAAUGUGAUUCUUCUUGAUGAAGAUUUGGAUGCUAGGAUCAUUGAUUUUGGGUUAGCAAGACUUAUUUCGGCCUCAGAAUCGCAGAAUCAGAGUAGUUUUGUUAAUGGGGAUUUAGGAGAGUUUGGGUAUAUAGCACCGGAGUACUCAAGCACCAUGGUGGCGUCACUUAAAGGGGAUGUUUAUGCAUUUGGUGUAGUUCUUUUGGAAUUAUUGACAGGCCUGAAACCAUUGGAAGUGAGUGCUGUAGAGGAAGGGUUCAAGGGGAACUUGGUGGAUUGGGUGAAUCAGCUGUCGAGCUCUGGGCGACUAGUGGAAGCCAUUGAUAAAGAUAUACGUGGGAGAGGUUAUGACAAUGAUAUUCUUCAGGUUUUCACAAUCGCCUCAAAUUGUAUAGUAUCUCGUCCCAAAGAUAGAUGUUCCAUGUUGCAGGUUUAUGAUUCACUAAACAGCUUGACCGAGGACCAUCCUUCCGAUCAAUUUGAUGACUUUCCAUUGAUUUUCGGAAGACAGGAUAUGGAUUAGCCACCUUUAUACCAGCAUAUUAUCCAGGUUCACAAUGAUAUUAUUUGAGAGCGUGGUUCUUUUGUGCUGGUGAAUUUGUAUAAUGCCCUUGUAUAAUGAACCAUUUUGAAAAUUUAUCUGUUGCAAACGAAAAUAGAUACCCAACUUUUGGUGGAAAGCUACCUUUGAGUCUCUUGAUGUCUGUGAUAUGCUCUCUUGUUUUGAGAUGCAUUAUCUGAAGUUUGUUGUAGCAUGUAAUGUCAUACUUCAUUGUACUCUGUGUAAAUCAAAAGAUGAAUCAAACUUUCCUUCAAUCUUUGAGGAAAGAAGCGGAAAAUUGUCCAAAUUUUCUAGUCAAGCUUAUUACUCCGUAUAUAAUGUACUUGAAUAAAUUAGUCUCUUCAAUUGCAAAAAUUGGCUUGUUUUCAGAA